AUGCUAGGUAACAAUAGAAUAGAAUAAGUAUAAUAUUGUGUUAACCAACCAACACAUGGGAACUCUUGGGGAAGGAAAGUGGGGUUAGUAAUGGGUCAAACACUUGGUCUUAGGCGUUGUAGAGUGUUACUGAACCGGGUCCUCCUCUCUUUGUCCUCGGUAAGUGAAGCCAAGCUGAAGAAGGUUGGGGAGGUGAGGAUCAGCACUCCUGAGAUGAGGAAACAGGAUGUGGCUAACAUGCGCCAGAGAACAGAGAGGUAACAAGUUCUUUCUAUUAUAUUCUGCUGGAACAAGACCCAACCACACAUCACAUUAACAUGAUCUGAUAUCCUACUCUGGUACCUAAGAUGUUUUUUCAGCGGCACACGUUUCUCUCAUGACCUCCCUCUUGGUUGUCUCUCUGCAGGUUGUACAGCCGACUAGAUGAGGUGAAGCUUCAGAAGGAGGUCAGGAGCAGACAGGAGGCAUAUGCCAAAAACAGGGAGAAGGCCAAAGAGUUUCACAAGGUAACAUUUAAAAUACCCCAAUGUUUAAAGGAAUAAAACAUGAUAUUGUAUCUGGCAUUACUGUAUAUUGAAUUAAUAAAAAGUUGAAGUGGGUUGAUGUACAUCAACAUUAGUCUGUUUGAAUUGAUACGAAUUCUGUUUUUUCUCUUCACAGAAAACCUUAGAGAAGCUACGGGCCAAGCAGUCUCCACAAUGA